AUGCUUCGAUUGUUUGCACGCUCCACUGUAGCUUCGGUAAGACCUACAUUAGCCACUUCAGUGUCAAGACCUGCGUUUCCAGCUAUACAACAACGGGCAACCAUGGCAUCAGACAAUCCUAGCAAGAGGACGAACGAUCAGCUCAAGACGAGUGAUCUCUUCAAUGUCGACUUUGUCACAGCCGUAGUGACCGGCGGCGGCACAGGUAUUGGAUUAAUGAUAGCUCAGGCGCUUGUUACGAACGGAGCGAAGGUCUACAUCACCGGCAGAAGAGAGGAAGUGCUCGAAUCAACCGUAAAGCAGUAUAACACUGGGCCUGGUAGCCUCCACGCUCUGCCAGGAGAUGUGAGCACGAAAGAAGGCGCUAUCAAGCUCGCAAAGGAAAUGGAGCAGAAGGAGCCAAAGGGCAUCCAUCUGCUUGUCAACAACGCUGGCAUUGCGCGAGACGACAACACCAAAUUCUCCACAAAUGGCCAACCCAACAUGGAAGAUCCUAAUGCCAUCUCUCAACACUUCCUCAAGAGUGAAGAGCAGCAAUUCCAAGAAACCUUCCAGACGAAUGUCAUAGGUCAGUACUUCAUGAGCAUGGCCUUCCUGCCCUUGCUUGCCAAAGGCCGCGAGGUCACGCCCGGCUAUACCACCUCGGUCGUCAACGUCUCUUCCAUCUCUGGCCAAAUGAAGGGCUCCUCCAACGGCCAAUUUGCGUACGCCAGUUCGAAGGCAGCCUUCACGCAUAUGAGCAGGAUGCUCGCCACCACUUUCAAGGACUGUAAGGUUCGUGUAAACGUAAUAGCACCUGGAAUCUUCCCGAGUGAGAUGACGACGAACGAGAGCGGCGACGAUAACAAGAGCCAGCUUAGCAGCAAGCCAGGCAAUCCUGCAGGCAGAGGAGGGCACGACAGCGAUAUGGCCGCUAGUAUAUUGUUCCUGGCUGGGAAGGGCGGACUGUUCUACAACGAGCAGAUAUUGUACCCCGACGGUGGCAGCACGCUGCAGGCCCCUGCCUUCAAGUAA